AUGACGGAAACCCAAAAACUUCCCAUCUUCUCCCCGCCAGGCUUUCAUGACUACUCUUCGCGCCGUCUACCCCCGCUAGAAAUUCCGCCAGACGCUGUACCACCACGGUCGGAUCACCAGUUCCGCUCGCCCAUCAACCAACUGCCCUCGAUCCAUUCUGGACUGCCACCCCGACACGAUUACCACCAGCCAUCAUCAAUACAUCGAUCAGCCGCGCCUGUCGACAAGCUUCUGCAACAUUCAAAUCCCUACACCCCACCGAGGUCGGAUCCCCCGUACUCACCUCAGCAAUACGGUCCUUCGAUUUCGCCACGCUCAGAGUUUGACUCCAGAGGGCCGCGAAGACUGACAGAGCCACGCUAUCCCUACGAGGAACACCUGGACUUCUUGCUACUACCAGGUUCCAUACCGCAACCUGUGUACAAUGAGCAACUGAACCUGAACUAUGAGCUCCGUGUGCGACAACAACCCAUUGCAGCCCGGGCGUGCGGGUUCGGAGAACGCGACCGAAGGGUGAUUGACCCCCCACCCAUCAUCCAGUUACUAGUAACGGAUCCAAAAACCGGUAUUCCAGACGACGAUGAGCUACGUUACUCACUAAACGUGGUGCAUUGCACGCUCUGGAACGCAGAAGGGACGAAUGAAGAGACCGCACUCAUACAGCCCGACCGGCGAACCACCCGGCGCUUAAUGGGCCAGCUUGUCGCCUCGCCCUCUGUAGCAAAGGACGAGCAUGACAACGAGGGUUGUUUCUUUUGCUUCCCAGAUCUGUCCUGCCGCACGCACGGCAAAUACCGUCUGCGGUUCGUCCUGAUGCGUAUCGAUCCUGUGAACCUACAUGUUGGAGGCUUUUCACCAAUACUUACAGAAGUAUUGAGCGAUGUCUUCACUGUCUACACUGCAAAGGACUUUCCUGGUAUGCGUCCUAGCAGCGCUCUCACCCGAGCACUGAAGUUGCAAGGAUGCAAUAUCCAGGUGAAGAAGGGGAAUGAGAAGGCACUGGCUCGCAAACGAUUAACCGCGAGUCAAGAGCACGACAAUAUCGACGACGAAGAGUUGAAAAGACGGCGCAGGGAGUAAGCAUUCGCCGCAAUACCAUGUCAUCAAGUCAUGACUUCCUACCAAGCAUCAUUUACAGCGGGCCCUGCGUGGUUUGAUAUUCUGGUCAUCGGAAACAUUCUUUUCAGAUACCGAUUUGCAUCUUGACGACAUUACGACCGUACUAAAUUUCUCCCGACACAAUUAUUUUCUCAUUCUCUUUGGCUGGUGGCGACGAUGUUGAUUGCAAGGCGUUUGUGCAAUUCAAGAGGUUGCCUGAAUAACUUGGCAGCGGCGGCCAUUGUUGUAAUGCAUUUUUGAACUUAAGUGAACAAGCACGAUACCAUUUGAUAGCUCGUAUUGAGAACAAUAGAGGCAAUUUGGG